AUGAAGUUCAUAUGUCUACUCCUUUUGUUGAUCACUAUUAUAGCCAAUGCAAACGGGAUAAUCCAAGAAUAGCCAUUUAACCAGUCCAAAUAUUUUAGGGAUCAAGAUAUUGCUAUCAACUUCAAAUAUACCCAUUAUAAAUUUGUUAGAUAACAAAUUGAAUCAAGAAAUCAUAAGAUAGUUAAUUCUUAAUCGCCUGGGAAUCAAGAGUUGAUUACAUUAUUCUAUAAAUUAUUAACUAUAUAAGUCUGA